AUGAAUCCAAACUCGAGAGGCUACUACCCACCUGGGUAUGGACCUCCGAAUCCAAAUCCCUACGCAAACCCAAACGCACCAGUAUAUGACUACUCAUCCGGUCAAUACUAUUACCCGCAACCACAACCUUGGACGACUCCAAAUCCUAACGGAGGAUGGCAGUCACAAGGCUAUCAACAACCUUACGGCACACCAGAUCCUAACGGAGUAUGGCAGCCACAAGGCCCCCAACCGCUAAAUCGCGACCAGCAAAGAGCUGCAGCACGGAAAGUUUUACUUCAGUGCGGCAAUUGCUCUCGCAUAGGUCAUGAGCUGAAGAGAUGUGUUGGUCCAGUUAGUGGUUUUGGUGUUAUCGAUGGAUGUCCAAUGUGCAACACAACGGACCACGUUCUUUUUGAAUGUGUCCAGAACUGGAAAUCCGAGGGUAAUCAACGCCACUUACUGAUGCUCGGUCGAAAUCAGAAAGCUAUGAUAUCAUGGCCAUCUGAAUUAACUGAACAUCCAGGUUGGAAGGCCAUAUCCGCCGACACCAGACCAAAAAUCUGGACACCAUCUUUCGCACUGCAGUACCAAUUGAGAAAUCCACAUUAUUGGAGAGACUAUGUCUACGCAGGAACAUGGCAGGAAGAUCCACCAAUUGCAGAAGACCCAGCCUGGGGAAAUCCUUCUCUCGUGAUUAAUCUUAAAGAUGGAUCCGAGAGAGGAUUGACCCGCAAUGCAAGCGGUUUCGGUCGUCGACCACAAUCACAACUUCCUCCGCCAUCGGCACAAUAUUUUCCUCCUCCGAUGAUGCCGCAAUUUCCAUCAUAUCCACCACCACCACCACCACCACCGCCGCCGCCGCCGCCAAGAUCAGCACCCGCCUCAUCACCUGAUACAUUUACAGUUACAGGAGUUGAGGGCCUUACCAAAUUCGCCCAGAAUUUGUUCAAUAUUGCUCCCGCUGGUGGUAAGAAUGGUCGUGGUAGAAAGAAAAACGCCAGCAAGGCUGCAUCCAACGCCAUAGUCAGAGAUCGAAGUCAAAGCCCUAAAGCUCAGACUGAGACUGAAACUUACCGCGAAAGAUCGCCUCUCCCCACAUCCGGUGUCAAAUUGGCAGAUCGCAUGUCUUAUCCUAAACUCAAUUCCAGUUGGGUGAAGGCUGAUGACGACGGCGAUUCCUCUGACAAUGACGUGAAACCUUUGUUGAAAGUUGAAGAUGUGCUCUCUAACUUUGAUGAUGCUAUGGGAGAUGCAGCAUCGGCAGCAAAAGCGGCUAGGAAAACGAUUCUCAAUCGUAAAACUCGGGCGAGAGCGAAAGCCAGGCGCUAUGCAGCCAAAGCCAAAGAAGACGCUGAUGCCGCCGAUGCCGAUGCUGCCACCGCCGCCGAACAAGCCAACGUCAACCAAGACACCGAAGCCGAAGCAGUCAGAGAGGUCAGCUUGAGCGCAAGAAGAAUGUGA